CACGAGGGAGGUGAAUCGCAGUAUUCUGAAGGUUCCUGAGAUCGAACAGAAGACGUUGGACGCGACGAGCAACGAGCCAUGGGGUCCUCACGGCCAGGCCAUGAACGAGAUUGCCAGCUCCACCCGCAACUACCCGGACUUCCAAAUGAUAAUGGCGAUUUUGUGGAAGCGAGUUCAGGACUCUGGAGCCAACUGGAGACACGUGUACAAGGCAUUGACGCUGAUGGAGUUUCUGGUGGCGAACGGCGCGGAGCGUUGCAUUGACGAGUUCAGAGACCAUAUGUACCAGCUGCAGAGACUGACGGAUUUCCAAUACGUGGAUCCGGAUGGCAAGGACCAGGGCAUCAACGUGCGCAAGAAGGCUCAGACUCUCGUCGCUCUGCUCAGGGACACGGACAAGAUUCGGGAAGUCCGGGAGAAGGCAGCGGCUAAUCGCAACAAGUACGGUGGCAUUUCCUCUGCCGCCUACCGUGCUGGCGGUGCCGGUGGCUUCGGCAGCAACUCUGGUGGUUUUGGCAAUACCGGCAGGAGCGGGGGAGGCGGCGGCUAUGACAGCUACGGCGGGGGCGGUGGUGGUGGUGGUGGCAGCCGUUACGACAGUUACGGCUCCAGGGACGAAUUCGGCCCUCCCCGUCGGGCUGGUGGUUACUCGGAGGACAGGGACAGGGGUGACCAUUACAGCUCGCGUGGGCGGGAUGAUAGGGGCGAAGGGGGCAAGAGCCGCUACUCCUCUCGCUAUGGGGAGGAGGGAGGCCGUGGAGGGGGUGGUUACUCGGACUCCAAGUAUGAUGAGGGCAGAGGGGGGCGAGGUGGGGCGAGGGACGACGAGGAGCGCGAGUAUGGGCGCCCUGGAUACUCUGCGGCUGCUGAAGGAUCGCAGCCUGCGUCCCUGGACGAUGAUGACUUUGAACCCCGCGGCUCGUCCAAGCCCGCUCAGCCUGCUGCUGCUGCUGCCGAUGAUGAUUUCGAUGACUUUGAUCCCCGGGGCGCACCACCCGCAGCUGCAAAGCCGUCCGCCCCUCCUCCUGUGGCAGCGCCUGCAGCUGCACCUCCUGCUGCCAACCUGCUGGACGAUCUCUUUUCUGCCCCCGCGCCAGCUGCUCCUGCUGCCGCCGCGGCACCUGCAGCUGACCUUUUCUCUGGCGCUGAUUUCCAGUCUGCUCCUCCUGCUGCUGCCGCUCCUCUUGGGGCUGGAGUCGACCUCUUCUCCACGCCAGCACCAGUGGCCGCACCUGCUCCUGCUGCUGCCGCAAGUGCCAUGGAUCCGUUUGCUGCGUUUUCUGUUCCCAUGUCCGCACCUGCACCUGCCUUCUCCGCUCCUGCUGCCGAUGACUUUGGCGACUUCUCAGCAGCAGCUCCUGCUCCUCCUGCGCCUGCAGCCUCUGCCUACCCCUUUGCUGCAAUGCUUGGUGUCUCUGCUACUCCUGCUGCGCCCCCUGCCUUCUCCACUCCUGGUUCCAGCUUUGUCAUGGGUGCUAGCCCGGCUGCUGCUUCGGCUGCCCGUCCAUCUGCCUCUGCUGCAUCGCAGGGAGGCAAGUCGCCUGGGCUGUGGGCGGAUGCUCUCAGCUCUGGACUCAUUGACCUCGCCAUCACCUCAUCCAAGGAUGAGAACCUCGCAGCCUUGGGCAUCAUGACAGACUCAGCCUCACUCAAGUCUGAUCCUAAGUCAGUGGUCUCUCCAACUUCCUCCGCUGCAGCCCCCACUGCCUGCCCCAGCCCCUUUAACAUGGGAGGCAUGUCCAUGGGUAAGGCCAUGGGCCAGGGUUCAGGCAAGGGAAUGGCAGGAGCAAGCACCCUCACUACGCCUGUGCCUGCUCCUGCAGCAGCUGCUGGUUUCGGAAUGGGUGGUCUAGGGGUGAUGCCUGGCGCCGCUGGUGUGGGGGCAGUGCCUACCAUGCCCAUGGGUUUCGGUGCUGCUCCGGUCGCGGGUGGUGCUGCUGGCUUGGGAGGCUUUGCUGCGUUCCCCAUACCUGGUGCUGCGGCUGUGCCUGGAGUAGGGGUUGCUGGGAUGGGUGGUGUGCCAGGUGGAGUGGGCAUGGGAGCAGCAGGAGUGGGAGCAGCAGGAGUGGGAUCACUUGCAGGCAUGUAUGGUGGAGUCGGUGGCACUCCUGGAGCCUCAGGAGCCCGCGUGGAGUUCUCAUCGUUCGUGUGCGGCCAUGGCUACUCGUUCGGCAAUCCCAGGAUGCGCAGCGGGUUGGAAGCUGCUUGCAGGCUCUGCAGCGCACCUCAUGGCCCUCCUCGCGUUCCUCCAUGUCUGCUCCUCGCAGUUUCUCCCACACCAGGAGGAACCAUUCCAGUGGUAAUUCUGCAUGUUGCCACUCCGCCCAUGUUCUCCCUCCCUUCAUCCCAUCAGGGACCUCUUGAGUCCGACUUGCUCCUCACUGCAGCUGCUGCUCGAACAAGCCUGCCAGAAUGGGCCACCAACAUGCAGCAGCAGCGGCAGCAGCGACAGCACGAGCAGCAGGAAGAGGCGGCUGUCAUGGGGUCUCCACCGCUCUUUCACUCGAGCAGCAGCCACAGCAAUGUUAUAAGCAGCAAUGCUAACUCCAGUUACCAGCGUCGAGUGCUGCAGCAGACGGGCGAUACAUCCUUUGCAGAGAAGAAUCAAGGCAUGGUGGUGCUCCAACUCCUGUCAGCAGGCGCUUUUCAAUAUGGGCGCUUCUACUCGCCACUGCUCAUAGGCGCGCCGCCCAGGAUGUAUGUGGCACUGGUGGACACGGCACUGAGCCUCUCCUGGCUCUACUGCGACUGCAUCAAGUGCCCACAGGACUCGCCCGUCAUCAAGCAACGCACCUUCUACACAACGCUCAACUCCACGUCAGCAGUGCUGCUCAACUGCACGUCCCCAGCAUGCCUGCAGCUGCCCGCAGCAGGGUGUUCUGCUCUGCCGCGCAACCUCUCGCGCUCCAACUCCUCCUGCGACCUGCGCUAUGCACCGGCAGGGGACCUCGUGCAGGACGGCAUGCUGCUCAAGGUCGUCAAGGCUGGCAAUGCCAGCGAACAGACGGCUCGCAUUGACUUCGGCUGUGGGCGCAUGGACGUGGGCUAUGGGGGAUCAUCAGUGGAUGGGGUGCUGGCUCUCGGCUCGCGCCCCUACGGGCUGCUAGCGCAGCUGAACGCCUCUCUGGGCCUGGCGCGCGCCUACUCUCUCUGCUUCGACGGGGGCAACCAGCGCGGCGCUCUGCUCAUGGGCGAUGCAGAUGCUCCCCCCGGCAUGGUCUCCACCCGCCUGAGGCUGCUGCCCAAUGUCUCUCGCUCCUUCCUAGCGGUGCAGGGCAUGCGCAUGGGCAGCAGUGCAGUGGGCAACAGCUCAGAUCUCGCAGCACUGGUGAACGGCACGCAGGGGGGCUUCACAGUGGACACGGCCGUGCUCUACGCGGGCUUCCGCAGACUAGUGUUCAACACCAUGGUCAACAUGCUGUUUGCAGAUCCCUCUCUCACCCGGACUGGCUCGGAGGACAAGGCGUGCGUUGUCAAUGACGAAGCGGCGAAGAAGGUCUACUUCCCGCCCAUCCUCAUAGACUUUGCGGAGGGCAUUCUCACAGUGCUGCCACAGAACUACAUGGUGGUGAAUGAGACGGCACAGUGCUUCGCUGCCGUGCCUCUGGAUGCCAAUGCCACUCAGUCCGCGUUCCUGGGAACCAUGUGGAUUCGCGACCAGUUCCUCACGUUUGACUACACCAGGAACAUCUUCUCCUUCCAAUCCAUGAACUGCACAACACUCACGCCCAUCACAGCCCCACCCCCACCUCCGCCUCUCGUAUUCACUGUCCCAGAGCCCCGGUCCAAGGGGGCAUAUUCUCCUUCUCAACUCCUUUGCACACUCUUUCUGCUCCUCCUUGCACUAUUUCUCAACUCCCUUGCCUAG